CGACAAUUCUUGAACGAGAUGAUCGAGUGCAGAACGACAUCCCUGAGCCAAGAAGCAUCAUGAUUCGAGAAAACGUAGGAGCUGACAAUCAAAACAGGCAAAAACUAUUUGUCAAAUGUAGAAGCACGCAAGUUUCCGUUUGGACGAACGCACACGGGGGUGACGUGCGAAAGAAAAGAAAAAGCCAUCAUGCGAAAUUCAGACACAGUCACAGACAAUACAGUACUAGUACGAAAAAUGAGUUCUAAUGAGCUUCGUCCUGUUUUUCAUUCUUAGGGGAGACCACGUUUGAUGCGCGCGGCAAAGAUGGUGGGGUCCGCCUCCGGCUUGCUUCCUUCGAUCGGGUCCCUGUCGCGGUGGACGCUCAUUGUUCUGUUUGGGGAUAGCACAAAAGACGGAUUUUUACUCCUCGUUCGAAGCGAAACUGCGCGAGAUGAGGGGGCACCGACAUUGAAUUUGAACAAGCUGAACCUCGGCGGCGAAGAAGAACAUUUGAUGGAGAUUCUUGACGAUGCCACUGCGCAAGAAGAUGCCGAAGACGUCGUAAGCGAUUCGGGCACGACCCCUGCAACUGGUCCCGAACGACCGGCAACACGAGCACGUUUACCUUUAUCCAGUCUGAUGCAGCGCGAACGAACACCAGAACCCCACGUGGAAAUGCGACCACGGUCGUUCUCGCCGCAAGAAGAACAGCAGGUGCAGAAAAAUGGCGACGGCCAGGACGAAGCUCCUGGCGACAGGGCAGUGGUACGAGAACGAGAACUCCCGCAGUCCUUUGUAGACACGCACGCUCCCGGUCCCGGCGGACGAAGCAAGAGGACCACGACCGACACUAGAAAACACAAGCACCAUAACAAGCGAAAAAGCCUUACCGAGCAGACCCAUCUUGCAGGAGCAGUCCGAAAGAACCAGAACGCAACCGCGUUGCACUUUCCGCCACGCUGCUUUCUGCCGUUUGCCUGGAAUGCGUGCCCAAUCGGGCACGUGGACUACCCCUCCGCGGAUCCGGCUGCGGACAUGGGAGUGGUGGUUGUCCCGGACCCGGCGCCGACGGACACCCGCAAGCCUUGGAUUCUUCAGGAGCAGGAAGCGUUUACCUAUCACGAAAAUACCCGGUUCAAUGGCGUGAUGGCGGGCAGCGCGCUUCUCCUCCUGAUCACUGUCCUCAUUGGCGCCUCCGCAGCAGGCAUGAAGGAUGUCUGCAAGUUGCCCCGGGUGCGUCUGGCGCGUAAGGCCGUGAUGGAACGGCUGUCGCUCCUGUUCCGGCUGUGCAGCGGAGGCCACAGCCACUUUACAGCCGCGCGACCAGGACUUUCUCUGCAAAAGCGCGAAGACGGGAAGUUCCUUCUCACAUCAAUGCUGAAGAAGUACCUCCCGGACAAAAACGGAAUCAUCCAGGCCGACAAGAAAAAGGCGGCUGAUCGAGCGGCUCCGCAAGAUCCUGGGCUAAGGAGAAGCAGCAGCCCUGGUGCGCCUGGACCGCCAGAAGCACACGCAAACGCCAGGGGACCACUGGCCGCUUCGUAGCCUGCAGUAUUCGUCAGCAAUUGCUGAACUGCAGCGUCAAGGUGGAACAGGCAGGACUUUCUUCUGUAGCUGCAGAGUUGUAGACAGCUGCGGCUAGCUGAUGAGAGAUUAGGAGCACUUCUUCAUCUUUGCAGAAAGGUCGGUUGCUGUUGCAGCUUGUCUUUCCGGCAAAAGAAUCAGAAAAAUGUGAGGGGUAUACUACCACGAACACGAUUCUGUGAGCCCAUCUGAUGCACCAAGAGAACAGAUGUUGCGAAAAAUACCUGCUGCAAUCCUUAUUUCCAAUCUAAGCAACGAUACGAAGGAAUUGACUUUACAGUAGUUGGACGAUCAUAACUAAGUUAUGGACAAGUAUACUUGUCGAUUGUUUUCAACAAGGAAUUUGCACAGAAACACAUUGCGACUUAAUCGUUUGCAGCGCGUGAUAAUAGCAGAAGCCACAAGGUCAAGGACAGGUAGAAAAAGAAGAG